GGAGAUGACGUAAAGUGCGGAAUCAAAACAGUUAAAAUUUGACAGCUCGCCGUCGCAUCGUGUAUAAAAUGCCAUGGGAAAUGUUACCGCCAGGGUGAAAAAUAACCCACAUUAUUUCGACAAGGUCUUCAGACACUCUGGUGACUUUCUGACGAACUGUCGAGGAAUGUUAAUGAGAAGAAAAGGUUCUUUUGGUUAGUUUGUCUACGAGCUAGCCUUCAGCUGCUCCUCUCUCUAUGGUACGAGCCCGUUAGCUUCUCUGGCUAACCAAAGCGGCUUCAUGGCGAUCUAUGGGCUGAACAUGACCAUAUAUAGACCGACAACAGAGCUCCCCCGCCGGUGAAAUGUAAACGGAGGCUCGCUGAGGAGGCUGAAAGAAGGACAAGAAACACAAAAGAAGAAAACUCACAUUAUCUUCAGCAGCUUCAUCAUCAUGUCAUCUGAGCAGAUUAUCGCCAUCGUCAUGGAGGACAAAAUCUACGAGGUGAAUAAGAAGAAGCUGAUCGAGAAGAGCGACUACUUCCGUGCUCUGUACAGCUCUGGAAUGAGGGAAUCCACGGAGGACUCUGUGCAGCUGCAGGGGCUCAGUGUCCCCGGACUGGAGCUGGUCCUGGAGUUCAUCAACACCUCCAAAGUCCAGGUUGUGAAUGAGACUCUGGAGGAUCUGAUCGAGACCGCCUCUUUCUUACAAGUCACCUCCAUCCUCAAGCUCCUCACCUCAGAGAUCCGUCAGGACAACUGCGUGGAGCUGUACAGCCUCUCUGAAGUCUACGGCACCCACGACCUGCGCCACGCCUGCCUCAAAUACAUGAGCUGCCACUAUCACCCCAUGCUGAGGAGGCCUGAGUUCAGCAGCCUCCCCUCAGCUGUCAGAGAGCAGGUCAGAGACAUGCGCAUGAAGGGCACCGCCACCCUGGUUGCCAUAGGAGACUUCACCUGCCUGUCUCUGGACGUGCCGGAUCAGGAUGAACCCUGGUCCAUGCUGAGGUACGGAGAGAUGGAGCAGAGGUGGAAGCCGCUCGCGAACAACCUUCCUCCUGAUAUGAUCAAUGUCAGAGGUUAUGGAUCGGCUGUGCUCGAUAACUACCUGUUCAUAGUGGGUGGAUACAGGAUGACGAGUCAGGAGAUCUCAGCCGUGCACUGCUACAACCCCUGCAGGAAUGAGUGGAACCAGGUGGCUCCGCUCAACCAGAAGAGGUAAAGCCGGGUCAGAAUCAUUCCCUCAAGAUUAAGAGUGAAGAUCGUGUUUCACUGACUGUGUCCUCUUCUCCUUCAGGUCAAACUUCAAGCUGCUGGCGGUGCAAGGGAAGCUGUUCGCUGUGGGAGGUCAGUGUCUGGGAACAGUGGAGUGUUACAGCCCAGAGCAGGACUGGUGGACCUGUGUGUCCUCGAUGCCCGACCCGCUGGCUGAGUUCUCUGCCUGCGAGUGUCAGGGGAUGAUCUACGUCAUGGGUGGAUACACUGCGAGAGGUUGGUAAAAUUCACAAGCAUGAAAAUAUUAAAGGGAUAUUCCAGUGUAAAUUAAUUUAGGGUCAAACACACCGUAACAUUGAGUUAGACACCCCCUCGUGGGACGAAUGUUGCUGACUGCUUACUUCUCUAGUUAUAUCAACUUUAGUAACAACCGCAAUAGCAAUACACAGCGGUCUGAGGAGCCAUCAACAAAACUCCUCUCUAUGGCCUCAAAUAAUGCUCAGAACAGCACCUAACUUCAUCAACAGUACAUAUAGGGUCCCAGCCAUAGUACUAGCCACAAAACAUCUUUUUAACUUUGCUUAAUUUCUUUAGCUAAGAGACUAAACACAACUCACCUACUCUCUUCCAGCAGCCGCUUGUUUGUAGCGAGACCUCAGGCCAGUCCAUUACAGACUGCAGCGGGGUGACACAGCUCAAGGAAGAACAUUUAUGAACAUUUCUUUAUCAUUUCCUUGAAGUAAUUAUCAUCAUGUUAGUCAUUUUGCACUGCAGACGUGGUAGUUAUUCUGCCUUAGCAUCUCGGUCUGGUUGCAUUUCCAUGAAGUAAUGGGGGGCUGUGUAACUUGGUGUUGCGGUGUAUUUGACCCUAAAUUAAUUUUAUGCCGGAAUAUCCCUUUAACAGUGCAUUUCUGAUGUGCUUCCUUCCAGACAACAUAUGUUUCAACAGUUUCAAACAAUCUAAACAGGCUGAUAUUAAAGGAAUGUGGCCGCUCGUCUGUGCGCACUGCUGACUGUUAAACAGUCUUGUAUCAAGUUUUACUUUCAGCCUCAGGCAGUUUAAUGCAGUAAUAUUCAUUUCUUGACAUUAGCAGUAAAAACAAUUGAUGAGCUGGAUAAGUGUGACAACUUUGCAGAGUGUCUUCUGUUAAACUCAGCUUUGUAAGAUCUUUAAUACUGCACCAAUAGAAAUCAACAAAGUGUUGGCAGACAUCCUAAACUUUCCACAGGGAGUCAUCUAAUUUAGUUUUAUAUAGAUAAGCUAGAUAGAGGAACAUAUUUCAGUUUGAGCUCAUUUUUUUAUUAAUUUUCCAUACCAUUGGAAAACGUUAGAUGAGCUAAUUAAAUCGUUAAUCCCCGGCACCCGCUGAGCUGCAGUAAAAUGCCCCUGAGCAAGGCACUAAACUUUUAACUUCUUCCAAACAGCAGGAGUUCAAAAGCUGUGUGCAUGUGGGGAGAUUUUCUGUGUUCUCAGCUUAAACAAUCAGAUCUUAUACCAGACAAUCAUGGUGUUGUAGCUGGCCAGCACAAGAAAUACGGAUUACACUAGAAGAAUGAAAUAAUUACAUCCAAAAAACUCAGUGCAAUAGUAAACAUUUGUAUUUGCAAUACAAACAUACUGAUGGUUUGCUGGCAUACUUUUGAGUACUGCAUGCAGGAUUGUUCAUUGUACUGUAGUCUCCUUCUGUCCUCUGAUUCAGCGCUUCCUGAGUUUAGGGUUUAAACCCUUAAAGGGUCAAAAGAGGCAAAAGCUUAUUAAAAGGAUAAGAAACUAAAAUAUUUUCUCUUCCAGAACAAAAAGAGAUGCGGUUUUCAUCAGUAAUCUGCGUUGACAGAAGUGAUAGUGGGCUUUGUUUGUUUUUACUCUGCCCUGGGCUUUGUCUCCCAGGCUACACAUUUAUCCAUGGAGGUGUUUGUACAUAACCUGGCAGGAAGACCGCAGUCGGGCUGAACGCUGAGGUAGUAGAGAACAAGUGUGUCUGCCCUCCUCACAAGGACGGACAUCUAAUGUUUUUCUGUAAGAUAAUUUUCAGGGCACAUUAGUUUUUGGACGGCUCAAGAUGGAGAGACACGAUAUGAGGUGAGAGAGUGAAAGAUGACGUAGCUGAAUCCUGCUGGGACUGGACUUGCCUCUGCCCCACCAAAUCAAACCAGACCAAAUCCUCAUGAUGCUGAACUAUUCUCAGUUUUUAAUGAUACUUAUUAGAGAGUGUUUAGUUUGAUUGUUCGUGGGACAAAAGAAUAAAGUUUUGACAUGAAUUUUGAUCAGGUUUUGACAUUCUAAAUUGUUAAUCUUGAACAAUAAAAAUUAGCAACUCAUUCAUGAAAAGAGCUGUUAGCUGCAGCUUGAUUUGUACAGUACAUCUGUGCAUGCAUCGGGACGCAUCAACAGUGAUACAAUCCUCGGGGUGUUUCAGGUCUUUCAGCAUCAGGCACCUUCACCCGAGCGACCCCAGCAGGGUUGAUUAAACUCUGGCUGGAGUCCCAGAAGCACUUUCAGCUUGCUCUGUUUGAUCCACAUCAAAUUAGAGGAUCUGUUCUGCUGCCUCGCCUGGCUUUUGUUUUCUUAUCCUCAGUCGCUUCAGCAGACUGAGCCUCCUGCUGUGUUUGUUGUGGAGAUAUAAAUGUCUAAAUAUGCAGGAAAAGUCAUUUAAAGCGCCUUGAUUUGGGUAAAGAAGCUUUAGUUUUGAAUAAAGAUUAACAAAAAUAUCUUUUUGUUCUUUCUAUGAGUUUGAUUUCUUUUUCCUUCUCUGUGUCUGACAGACAGGAACACAAGCGUCCUCCGCUACUGCCCCACCUCUGACACCUGGACUGUUUUUCGCUCCUGUCCCGCUCACAUCCGUAAACAGCAGAUGCUCUCAGUGGAGGACACCAUCUACUUGGUGGGCGGCUACACCCACGAGCUCGAGCUGACCCAGCGCCAGCGGCGUCCCAGCCAGACGGAGGACGUGCUGACGGUGCAGUCGUACAACAUCACCACGGGAGAGUGGCUUCAGCUGAAGGAGAACACGUCCAAGUCCGGCCUGAAUUUGACGUGCACGCUGCACAACGAUGGCAUCUACAUCAUGAGCCGGGAUGUCAGCCUGCCCACCAGCCUGGAGCACCGCGUUUUCCUCAAGUAUAACAUUUUCUCGGACGCCUGGGAGGCCUUCAGGCGCUUUCCGGCGCUGGGACAGAACAUGCUGCUGUGCUCGCUGUACCUCCCCAACCUGCUCUGAUGGAGGCCGAGCCGAGUGAACACUAACAGAGAGUGAAGCCCUGCGGCUUUAACACAGGCCAGUUGGUUGUUCUUGCACAGACUGGAGCUCUGUGGUUUUAGUGGGAACACUGUCUGGUUGCCAGGUUUGAUGCCUCGUGACCUCUGUGCCUAUAAAGUAAAAAAAAAGCACUACAUUGUACAUACUGCUGUGGAUGCAAAUACAAAAGCUACAAUGACAACAGAUAUGAAAGAGAUCAUGCGCCAUUGCCCAAAAACAACAUAAAGAAGCAGCUGGUUCCAGAUUGUGCCUCUGAUGUGUUUAUACUCAAGGAGCAUCAGAGUAAUGGUCUGUCUCUCUGAUCGAUGUCUACUUUAAAAAAAAAAACGCUAGUUUGUGGCGUGAACAACACUUAACGCUCAAUUGAUGGUAUUACCAAGAUUCUUAAAAACAACCUAGAUAAGUAAACAAAACCUCAACACAACAAGAGUUAGGAUAUUAUAAAGUUUGUAAAACAGGUAUGGGAACCGAAAUUGGUGCAAAGAUAACAAAUCAAAUGUUGAAGCUGAAAAAUUUCACAAUUUUAUGAAAAAUCCUAUUCACUCAUUUUGAUUUGAUGCAAGCAACAAGUUUAUAAAACAUUAUGACAGGGGCAUGUUUGUCAUUAGGGUGCAUCACCUCUUAUUUUGGUAACCAAGGAGACCAGUUUCAGGAGUUUCGACAGCAAAAUGUUGUCUCAGUCUUACCUGAUAUGAGAUUUCAGCUGCCAACCGUUAGUGUUUACAGUAUAUGUGUAUUUUUUGUCAUGAUAUGCCAAAGGUUUUCAAUGGAUGACAGGUUGGGAUUGCAAACAGGCCGGUUCAGAACCAUGCUGUUGUAGUACUGACAGAAUGUGGUUUGGCAUUGUCUUGCUGUGUGAUGGAAGACAGUAAAAUUUUCUGGAUGGCAGUAUAUGUUGCUCCAGAACCUCUUUAUUGGAUCAUGUACCCUCUUUGCAAAGUGAAUUUUUGACUGCCCAUGCAAUGAUUCCCACUACAGAGUCAUGACAUAAUUCUGAACUAUUUCCACUCCCGGUCUCUACCUCUGAGAGCCGGAGCCUCUCUGGGAUGCUGUCUUAACCCAGUCAUGUCACCAACUUCUUGCAAAUUAACCUCAUUAGUUUGGAAAUGUUCCUCCUUAUUUUGUUACAUUCAUCUCUUUCAGUGUCGUCCCUGUCCCCACUAUUUGUCAACAUGUUGCUGGCUUCAAAUUUAAGAUUUUUGAUGAAACAAUACAAUUUUCAGAUGAGGGUGUAAGAUUUAGAAGGACCCAAAAGCAGAACUUUGACUUCUUUUAUAUAAAAUAUGAUGUGUACUUUCUUUAAGUGUAUAAUAACACAGAUAUGAGUAAUAUUUCUAUUCUGGGAGUUUGUUCUUUGCGUCUCCAGAGGCAGUGACUCUCCCCCACAAAGUAUGUCGUGUUUCUACAGUAGCACAGAAACGUGGGUCCUUGAGUGGGACUUCAUUAGUGGUCUUGUGGUCACCAAGGGUUCUUCUUAGAACUUUUAAGUGAAGGGAAAAUUUUUAGUUGUUUUUUUAAUUUCUCUAUUUGAUGCUUGAAAAGGACUUCACAUCACAUCUUCAAAAGGAUUUUUCAAACUUUUGACAUUUAUUCUUGCCAAGGUUACUGCCUGGCUGCCAACUUUGUUUCCCACAAGAGUUACUACUCAGUAAAAGAUUUUUUUUACACUGUAGCUUUCUGAAUAUUUUCCAAUUUGAUUUCUCUACAAGUCUUAAAAAAUCUUGAGUUAGCCCAGAGCAGCACUAAGUGUUUUUUUAUGAUCUGUUGGCUUGUUAUUUUUCAGAGAGACGGAUGUUUACCUCCGUCAUGUGGUGUAAACACGUGAGAGGCACAAACUGGAGCUGCAUAAGAGCAUGCUUAUAAACCUACGGGCUACAAUAUUCUUGAUGUUUACACUCCAGAUGUGGCAUUGGCAUAGAUAUGUAAUCAAAUUCACUACAAACCUUAAAAUAUCUCAGAAACUUAAUGAGUUUAUGUACUGUACAUAGCAGAUAAUCACGAGUAUGGCUUUGGUUUUACACUGCCAGUUUUAAGAGAUUGGGUGAAAGUGACAGUUUGGGCUGAAGAGGCUCAGAGAGAGCUUCAUGUGUCGUUAGUGCUCUUGCACUUGUCUUAUUUUUCCAGAGAAACACACUAAGCAACGCUUAAAGCGCAACUCCAUGAAAUGAACAGCGCACAUGUGCCUUCUGCAACCUCCGUUAACGGGGACUUGAUACAAAAAAAAAAGCACAAAAUGCAAGACUUUGUUACAUUGCCAGCAACUGACCAAAACUGCUGUGUUUUAUUUUCCUCUCUGCCGAUGCAGAUCUUGUGUUUGUUGAGGUACUUUUCAGUUCCUUGGUUAAAUAUUUGGAGGUGUUCAGUUGUGAGAAAUGAGCCUCAAAGCAGAUUUUAUCUCUUAAACUCUUGGAUGUUUCGGUUGAGUGCAGCACUGAAAAUGUUUGGUUUGAUGGAUUUCAGAUUCUCUCUGUAAAACUCAUUUGUUCAACAGUUUGGGAGUUUAGAUUGUGGAAAUAAAGAUGAUGUUCAGGGGUC